AUGCGAAAGAUAAAAGAAACCAAACUUGCGCUGUCUAGACAAGCGAAUGAUUUGAACCUGGUAUCAGAAAACACCGAUGAUGAAGAGGUCACAGCCAUAUCGCCGACAAGUUCAAUCAUGUCGUCUACGUCGUCAUUAUUAGAUCCGAUUGAGACUGCAUCAGGCCUAGAGAAUCUAUUCGAUAUGUUCGUAUAUGUUGACGGACGACGCUUCCUGAAAGAUAUAGAUUCAAAAUGCUAUUUACCUUGCGAUGAGCAGGAAGCAUAUAGAACCUACAAAAGACAUUACCUAUUUAGAUUUAUAUGGAAGAGCAACUACUCCGCUCCUGUUCUCGACGAAUUAUCGUUUGGUGCGAGAGUACUUGAUGUUGGUUGUGCUGAAGGAACAUGGUUGCUAAACAUGGCUGCGGAAUAUCCUCUAUCAACGUUUGUUGGAGUAGAUAUCUCCCCGGUGUUUCCCGAAGUCACGCAAACGAACACAGCAUUUCUUCAGUGUAAUGCUCUCGAUGGCCUACCCUUUCCCGAAAAUACAUUCGAUUUUGUUCGGCAAGGAUUUCUUAUAGUUAGUAUUGAUUGGCAAGAAUGGAAAGAUAAACUAGUUAAAGAACUGGUCAGAGUGACCAAAACUGGAGGGUAUAUUGAGGUGAUGGAUUUAGACAUUAAGUAUUAUAGGAGUGGUGAGAUAUGUAAACAGCUAGCGAGUUCCGUAACGGAUCGUUUUGAACAAAUUGGGAUUAAGUACAAUUCUAGCAAGGAUGUACUGAAAGCAUUCGGAGAUCUGAAUGAUGCAGUAACCGUUUCGCCUUUAGAAGAGAAAGUACACCCUCUCGGAAGUUGGGCUGGGAAACUGGGAGAACUGUCGUUGGAAGGGAACAUAGAAGCAUACGAAUCAUUACAAGCCCUCCUUUGUCCUGCUUUAAAGGUCACAAAGGAGGAGUAUCAACAAAAGUUACUCGAUUUGUCUGAAGAGUACAAUCGAUGUAAGACGUAUCUAAAGACUUAUCGUGUCUUUAUAAGGAAGAACAAGAAUAUAUAA